AUGGGCAGGAGGUCACCGGUUGCCCUUGUCAUGGCCCUGUGGGCCGGCCAGCUGGGCAUGUGGGCUGCGGGGCACUCCAAGGUGAACCCCAGGAUCAUCACAGCUCCUCAAGGUGUGAAAGAGUUUGCGUUUCCCAGGAGCGAGAAGUACCCGGUCUUCUACCAUAAAGAAAACAGCUCAGCCAUCUACAUCGGGGGAGAGGGAAAGCUUUAUUACUACGACUUUGCAACCAAUGAGAACUACACAGAAGACUUCCCAGUGAAAAAUGAAGGACAGUGCCUGAUGCCUGAGAGUUUGGAGGACAAUAAAAAUUACCUCACGUUAGUGGAGAAGUAUGGAGACGGGAUGUUAGUGUGUGGGACCGGCGCUUGUGCUCCUACUUGCUGGAACUUGAUGCAGAGGAAGGCGAGUGCUCCGUGGGACGGGAGAGGUAUUGCUCCUUUCACCCCUGACUCGAAUACCCUCGUUGUUGUUGACGGUCAUGACAUCUACUCCACCAUCAAGAAGAGCCAGCAGAAUGGCAAGAUACCCCGUUUCCGACGAGUGAGAGGGGGUGGAGAACUCUACACAAGUGACACAGUGAUGCAGAACCCUCAGUUUGUCAAAGCCACCACAUUAAGGCACGAAGAACCUCACCAGGACAAGAUUUACUACUUCUUUCGUGAAGACAACCCGGACAAGAGUCCCGAGGCCCCUAGAAACAUCUCACGAGUGGCCCAGCUGUGUAAGGAAGAUAAAGGGGGAACCAGUUCGCUCUCCGCUUCCAAGUGGACCACAUUCCUGAAAGCCACCUUGAUUUGUGUUGACCCGGUCACCAAGGGUAACUUCAACUGGUUGCAAGAUGUCUUCUUUGUCCCUUCGAGUAACUGGCGGCACUCCAAAGUCUAUGGGCUCUUCACAAACACCUGGGGAAGCUCUGCCGUUUGCGUCUAUUCCUUUGGGGACAUUGACAACGUCUUUCGGACAUCCAAACUCAAAGGCUAUAAUGGUCCCAUCCCAGAGAUCAAGCCCGGGCAGUGCGUUUCCUCCGGACAGCACACCCCGAGCGAGACCUUCAAGAUAGCCGACAGCCACCCGGAGGUGGAGGAUCGGGUGGAGCCCCUCUCCCCUACCAAGAGCCCCUUAUUCCACAACAAGCACCGCUACCAGAAGAUUGGGGUGCACGAGGUCUAUGCGGGUGAUGGACACCACUACAAUGUGCUCUAUCUGGCAACAGGUACUGAGAACCAAGUGCAAG